GUGUCUAGCUGAGGGAAGGAUAGGUGCUGUGUGGUGUCCUCUCGUGUCGCUGCUCGCGUUCAUGGUGUUGCUGGUCAUAGUGUUUCGUCGGCUUAUAAUGAUGAUUGAGAUGGAGAGAUAUGAUGACAGUGGCCUCUAUUGGCACGUAUUACAGUCUCCUCAGAAACAUGAAGUGCAGGACUUCGGUUAAAGAGGUGUUGAGAACAUACAAGUUUCUAUUGCGGUGCGAAGGUUCGUCGAUGUUACAUCCCGAUAAGAAAUUGAUUUUGCGAAGUUUCGUGCUUCAAAUAGAUGACAAGGCAGGCUUGUAACACCAACGAGUUUUAAACUGCAAUGACUAAAUAGUGAAAAUUGUAGAUAUGUUGGCCGAAAAGUAGUAAAUGUUUUCGGAAGAUGAAGAUGAUAACGGAAUACGUUAUGUUGCUUUUUCACGCAUGAAAGGGAAUGUUGGGCGAUAACUGUUGAUCUUUGCACCAAUGAUGGUUGCAGUAAGGGUGGUGCUGCAAGUCAAAAUGCAAAGUCUGUGCAAGCAGAGAAACUUAGCUAAUGUUCAAGAUGCUGUGGAUAGGAUUUAAAGAUUCUUUCGGUUGUGUCUUCGGACUUUUAACAUCCUAAGUGAAGCGGCGCUCUGAUGCUGAGCGUCGCAUCAAGACGUUGAGAAUUGGUGGCGAAUCUUGUGACAGCUCAGCGGAGAAAGUUUUCACAUUUUUGAAGUAACAGUAAAUCUUUAGAAUAUGGCAGUGGAGUUGGAUGCCGCAUCUAGUGAUGAUGGUGAGCCGAGUGCCCCUGGGUUAACAUUCAGUAGUGGUGGUUCAUAGGUGACGAUAUACUUCAUAGCAAGAAUCCACGGAGAGGAACUUGCAAUGAUAUCCAGUCAUGGUGGGAGUUACCGAGUAUCGCACACUUCUGCUCACUCUUCAGAGCCGCUUUCGAUCUUCUUGAUUUUGACAUUGAGGAGUUGGAGGAGGCACUACUGACAGAUGGGUUGGAUGAUACAGGUAGCCCCCUGCUGGUGGAGCUGACAGUGCGCCUAGUGCAGGGCUGUCUCCCAGGCAAGACAGUCAAUGCUACAAACUACCAGAGCUACCUCAGGAAGCUCUUCAAACAUAAAUGUCAGGAGGAUCCGACGAGAGAAAAUUUAUUCAAAGAAGGUGAUCUCAGAUAUCUUCCUUUAAGAAGAAAAGUGGAAAUCCUUCAUGCCGUCUGUGACUUUAGAUUAGAAGCAGAGGAUGUUCUUGAUCUCCUAAAAAAUCUAGAAUCUGAUAGUUUACGGGUGGAGCCACUCGGGUAUGACGACAGCGGCUCUACUUAUUGGUAUUUUUAUGGCACCCGGCUCUACAGAGAAGACCACUCACUCUACCACCCACACAGACGGAAACCAAAGGAUAAAGACAAAGAAAAAGAAGAUAAGAGAAAAAAGAAGCGUAAGAAAAAAGGCCACAAGAAUGAGGAUAGUGAAGAGGAGGUUGAAGAACCAAAGUCAGUGUGGCAGGUUCAGUGUUUCUCAGAGGAGGACUGGAAUAAUCUAGCAGAGAAAUUUGAAAAUUGUGCUUCCAAGUUAGAACGCAGUUUGCUGCAGACUCUUCGGGAGGAUUUUCUUCCUGAAAUUCCAAGACUCUUUCAGGAAAAGGAAAAGAUACAGAGGAAACGAAUGAUGGAAUUUGCCCCUCGGAGAUCAUCAGGAAGAGUACAGAAACUGAAAGAGAAGAAAGAAGAGGAAGAGAAAAAAUUGGCCAUAGAAAUAGUUGAACAAGAGAAGAGAAGACAGCUGGAAGAAGAGAAGAAGAAGAAAAGAAAGGAAGAAGAGUCUGUUUCAGGAGAGAAGACAGAGAGAAAAAAGGCCCGUGAGGUGUUGAAAGAGGAAGUCAUCCAGGAGACAGCUUCGCCGCCCAAGGUUAACAAAUCCCCUAGAGAAAGGAAGAGAAGUGAAAGCCACGAGAACAAAAGUAGAGAAAGACCAGAAGUCGAGGUAAUUGAGAUAAAUGACACUUCGGAGGUAGAGGAGGAGGAGGAGGAGGUCAAGGAACCAAUAAAGAAAGUCAAAGAAGUCCGGGAAAAGAAAGCCAUGGACUAUUCUCAGGAAGAAUCUCCACAGAAGAGAAGAGGGAGAAAACCGGGAAGAAAACCUGGAUCCAAAAAGCGCGUCACCAAGGAGGAAGUGUCGGAUGAGGAGGAGGAGAGCUCUAAGCCUCAGGUAUAUAGUGGGCGGAAAACAAACAACUCUUUGUCAUCUGUGGCGUUUUCACUCAGUCCAGCAGCAGUUGUGCCUGAACCUAAUGUUACUGCUGUCAACACAGUCACUUCUCCACCAACUAAGAAGAAAGUUAAAAGUGCUCAUAUGGUUCUUCAAACAGAGGAUGACCUUCGCACAGGAAUGUAUAAGGUCUUGGAACAUCUACGAGAUCAUGAGGAUGCCUGGCCCUUCCAUGAUGCUGUAGAGGAGGAGUAUGCCCCUAACUAUUAUGCUGUUAUUAGAAGGCCUAUGCACAUCAGUCGGAUGGAAGAACGUCUCGAUGCUGGGUAUUACACUAAUCUUGCCAUGUUUGAAGGUGACUUCAAACUCAUGAUGGACAAUUGCAAAUUGUAUAAUGGACCAGAGAGUGAAUACACACACAUGGCAUACAAUCUGGAGAAAGUUUUUGCAAAGCUCAAAGCCAAAUAUUUGGAGGCGGAUCUUUCUUCGGAUGAAGAGAUGUACAUAGACAUGAGCUACCAGCAGUCAGCCAAAAGAAAGAAAAGACGAAAUAACAGUGAUGAGAAAGAGAACACAAGAAUAGAUGGUGAGAAACUUUCACCAAAGAAGAGGGGACGCAAGAAGAAGAAAGUAGGAAGGAAGCCAAAAGAGAAACAUAUUAGUGAUGUAAUUAUCCCACCCAACAAGGAGAGGAAGAAGGGCAAGUUUGGCAGAGAAAAAGACAAAGAAAAGGAGAAGCCGAAGAAGGACAAACCAAAGAUUGAUCAGUAUGAGUUCAGAGAUGAUGAUGAAGAGGAAGAUGAUGAUGAUGAUGAAGAUUUUGAUAUACCUCCACUGCUGGUGAGGGAAGACCCAUAUCCUGAGGAAGAUGAUGAAGAGGAGGAGGAGAUGGAAGACUAUGUACUAGACACCAAAAAGCCUAUCCUAGAUCAUCCUCCAGAAGAAAAGGAAGAGGAGGAAGCAGGAGAGGGAGAAGAGGAGGAGGAUGAGGAUGAGGAAGAGGAGGAGGAAGAAGAGGAGGAGGAAGAGGAAAUUGAGCAAAAGAUGGUCAUUCCAGCUGUGAAGAAUAAGAUAGGAAGACCAAGAAAAGAAGACAUUAUUAAAAAGACUGUCCAUAAGGAUGCGAUAGGAAUAGAAAAGAAGGAAGAGAUUGAAGGGGAAGAUGUGGAUGAUGACGAUGAUGAUGAUAUAGAGCCAGAUGUUUGCAUGUAUUACAACAAUGAAGAUUACAGAAGUGAUGAAGAUAAUGACGAAGAAAAGAGUAAUGCAGACUACAUAAGUGAAAAACACAAUGAACUCUUUGGAGAGAUUGAUGACAUUGAGGAUGAUGAAGUGGUUGAAGAAGAGGAGGAAGAGGGAGAAGAUGGAGAGGAGGGAGGAGACAAGGCACAAGUGUCAGAGAAGGGGAAACACAACCACGUCGGGAAGCAGAACAAGAAAAAAGGCGGGAUUGGUAAAGACAAGGAAAAGAAGAAGCACAAACAUGGGGACAAGCAUGACAAACACCACCACCACCACCAUCAUCACCAUCAUCACCACCAUCACCAUCACAAGAGCAAAACAAAAGAUGGCAAACACCAUAAGAAAAAGAACAAGCAUGCAGGGGAAAAGGAUAGCAAAAAGAUCCUGAAGGUAGAGGAUGUAUACGACUACUCGGACGAAGAAGAACGUGAACGUGAACGCGAGCGCGAACGGGAACGUGAACGCGAACGUGAACGUGAACAUGAUCGUGAUCGUGAUCUUGAUCUUGAUCUUGAACUUGAUCUUGAACAAACAGAGGUGGCUGAGCCGGUGGAGGAGGUGGAGGAGGCCCAGCCUGUUGCCAAGACCAAAGAAGAGACCCCUGGCAAGAAGAAGAAGAAAGUAAAACACAGGGGGAAGCAUGAGAAGCAUGGGAAGCACCAUGAUAAACAAGAGAAACAUGAGAAGCACGAGAAGCACAAAGAAGGCAAGGUGAAAGAAGGUAAAAAAGAAGGAAAGAAGAAAAACAGUAAGAAGAAAAAGAUAACUGCUAAGAACAUGGCUGCCAUUAAUGCACUGUCUGAAGCUACUGAACAGACACUAAAGGAUAUAACAACAAUGCUGGAUGACCCAACAGUGCCACGCUUCAGUGAAUACUCUUCAGCCAGCAACUCUCCAUCUCGGAAGGUCACUGCCGAGGAAUUUGAAGCAAUUGCAUUCAAAAUUGAAGCAGAGUACCGCAAAAAAUUGAUGAUGGAUGAACCAAAAGAAAAGGAGAAGAAAGCACAUAAGAAGAAAAAGAGGAAGAAUGGCAGUGGAGAAGAUGGUGAAGAAGAACCAAAGAAAAAGAAGAUAAAGAAGGAAAAGAAGGCAGAAAGUGAUAAAGAAAGUUUAGACAACACAAAAGAACUUUUCAAAGAUAUAAAAGAUGGCAGAAUAAAACCUGGAGCCAUUAUUAAAUCUAAAGACAUUGCCAAGAAAGAGGGUGUUGUGAAGAAGGAGACAAAGAAUUCAUCAGAAGGAAAACCAAAAGCAAAAACUAAUCCCUUCGGCAAAAUAAACAAACAAGAAGAUUCAAAAUUGACAACCCUCAUUGCCAAAGCCAAAGAGUCACGCAUAGGUCUAGUACCAAAUAGUGAGGUCGGGGACAGCCCAAAGCUCAGUUUAGGCAGUAUUAUUCGCUCAGGUGAUAUCGGCACAGGUAUGAAGUCUUCAAGAGAAGCCAACAGUGCCGAUGAGGAAGAGAAGUGGGAGACGAAAGAGAAAUGGGAUAGCCCGUGGGAGAACAGAUGGGAAAAGAUUCCGGAGAAGGAAGAGGCUCCGUCGGUGCGGGAGGAAGAGGAGAAAGAGGAGGUACAAGAGGUGGAGGAGUUUCCUGAGAGAAUUAGCGAGGAGCCCCCUCCGACUCCACGCGCACCAGAGAUCAAACAGGAGAGAGCCACCCCCAACUUGAGUGCUUGGUUCAAGGCCUUUGGCACACCUAAGCUGUCCUCAGCAGGGCCCAAGAAGAUGCCUGAAGACCAGGUCGAUAGUCCGAAAGAGCCGGAAGACACUGAGGUGAUCCAUGUUGACGACAUGUCAGAGGUGGAGGAGAGUGAAGUAGGGAUGCUGGAACGGCCGCCACCUUCACCACUGCCCCCGCCCAGCCCUGAGCCACCUGUAUCGCCAGAGCCUCCCCUGUCACCCGAGAAGCCUCCCGAGACCCCCUGGUACGAAAAGCUGGACGAGAAGCUAGAGGAUGAGCCAAUAUGGAAGAAGAUGAAGAUGGGAGAGCGACAAUAUACGAUACAGGACGGCAAUAUGCCUGAUGAGGAGGAUGACCCAUACAAGUUUGAAGAGGAAGAACUCGAUCGUGCACGUGAAGAAGCGAAGAAGCUUGAGGUGGAGAGACAGCGGAAGGCCUCUGUUUCCUCAUCUGGGGUGUCUGACCGGUCGCCCCUCAACCACAGCUUUGACUCUGACCGCUCUCCUGCAGCCUUCUCUUCAGAAGGGGAGCGCUCGCCUAUGACUAGGUCUCCUCACACCCCAGGUUUUGGUGCCAAGCAAUUCUCGCCAGUACCAGAAAAGUCCCCGAGUGUGCCUGCAUACUCGCCUCGAUACGAGAAUGCUCUCUCCAAACCAUUCCCUUCGUAUGAUCCAGAGAAGGCAAAGUAUCAGGCUAAUGGGGCCAUUACUGUUGGAUUUUACCAGGACAUGACUGAUAAACCUGCAGGGGACAGUGCUGAAAAGCAGACUACUGAACCAAAACCAACAGAAUCACCAGUAUACAGUCCUACAGUGCCAUACAUGAGCUCCUUUUACUCUAGCAAGGCUGAUGCUAGCAAGAAACAAAAGUCUCCAGCUAGCUAUGCCAGUUUCUACAGUUCAUCAGAUACCGCUCUGGAAAAAGCCAAGACUCCAAACUACUAUUCGGCUUCUGCUCCAGCCACACCCACAGAUAAGCCGUCCCCAGCACCUUUGACAUCAACUGAGCCAGCAGAAAAGACCAAACCCCAGUAUAGUUACUAUUCUUAUGAUCCAACAAAGCCCCUUACUGAUCAGUAUAAGAGCACUGGCUCUGUGCAGCCCACACAACCUCAGAAGAAGCCCCCAGGCUACUACAACAGCCAUGAUGGGGUGAAAAAGCAGACUCCAACACUAUCACCAGCAGCCCCAACUGGUCCUCUGACUCCUACUUUGGCAUCUCCAGUGCAGGUUGGAUUAACAACACCUGCCCCAGCAAUUCAGGAAAAAUCAGAAAUGCAACCAUUGAAAAAGAGAGCAGCAAUAGACAAAGGUUGUCAAGAUUUCCCAAAUAAUUCCAGUGUGACAGCAGCAGCAGUCAGUCCGGUUGACAGCUCAGCAACUCAGUGGGCAGGUCGUAAAUCUGCAGAAGAUAGUCCAGUGGCUCGAAAUACAGCACCUCCUAAUGUGACAGUUCCCUUUUCUCCUCAUCCCUCAGCACUGCCAGCCAAUCUUGCCAACUUAUCACAGAUUGUGUCACGCAUCACAGAGCCAGAAGCGAAUAGACCAGUUCCUGAUAAGGAGUUGUCCAAAUCACCAGCUGAACCUCCACGAGCACCUGCAGCAUUUCCCAAUCCUGAACCUGCUAUUGGAAAAUCUUUGCCACCUACUCCAUUUGCUGUGGCGGGAGGACAGACGCCAACACAGGUUCCAGUGUUAGACAUAGAGCGCAGUGGUAUAAGUGCUGUUAAUGAUUUGACAGACUUGCAUCAGCAGAGUUUGAAUCUUGCAAGUCGUGUUCAACCAGCAGAAUUGGCUCGGCAGAUUGAAGCUGACCCUAGAUUACAAGAUCGGUCAAUGCAGCCUAAUUAUCAUCAACAGAUCACAAGUCCUCAUAUGCAAACACAGCCUGGCUUGGGCUCUCCACAGCAGAUAACCAAACCCCCACAGACACCACAGUCUCAAAUCCACAGUCAUCCUCAGCCUCCAAUAGCACACCAAAAGCCUAGUGAAGGAAGUCGUCCUUCCAGUCGUGACUUGCCACCUGCUCAUGCCACUGAAAAAUCACAUAUGUAUCUCCAGCAAAAGAGUAUGUGGACUUCCAGUUUAGCAACUAGUUUGGCCAACAGUCUUGCCUCCAGUUUACCAUCAAGUAUGGUUACUAGUCUAGCAACUAGUUUAGGAUCAUCUUUGGCUACUACAUCAGUCAUUGCUUCGCUGCAGAAGAUGGGCUCAUUACAGGGAGACCGCCUGACACAAGAUAGACUAACACAAGAGCGCUUAGCGCAACUAGACCGUGCAGCUUUAGCCUCACUGGCCAGUCGAACUGGACAGGCGAAUCUGUUUUCACAUGAACUCUUACCUCGUGGAUCAGUUGCUGCAAGUCAGACUCAGGUUGGUACUGGUCCAAGUAGUGGAAGUUCAUCAGGUGGUGGUAGCUCAUCAGGGACUCCAGUGUCAGCAGGGCGGUCAGCCUCUGGCUCCAGUUCUGGUACUGGAGGAUCCACACCAGCAGCCACUGGUAAUAGCGUGGAGUUGGGUUUAAGUCGUUCCUACACCAACAUGAUGACAGGCCAGUCAUCACCACUCUUUGGCCGAGGGGAAGGUGCUCUUACUCCUGGAUCUUUACCACGUCCACUCUCUGGUUCCUCAUCUCCAUUCCUGUCUCAAUCACCAGGGCUAAGUGCUGCUCUUGGUCUUCCUGGAGCUCCUCGCACUCCUACUCCAGCUCAUCAGCAGUCUCAUCAAAGUCUCUCUAGCCUCAGUCAGGGUAGUUUUCCAUCUCUUCCAAGAGACCCAAGGGACCCCAUUUCACAAUCCCAUCCAUCACUACAAAUUCCAAGUCUUAAUUCAAUAUCUUCAAGUCAAGCGCAGACCCUCAGUCAUCUCAAUGCGGCUAACUUGGCUUCCUAUUCUGGAAGAGAUUCCUUAGCACUCAUGAACCAACAAAGCCGAGGCGCUUUAGCUGGUGGCUUAGUGGAUCCCACCUCACAGCUUUACCAGCAGUACCUUCAGCAGAGACAAGAGGAACUAAUCUUAAGGUCUGCUGGAGCACACCCCUCACAUCUGGCUGCCCACCAGUCUAUGAUGAUACAGCAGGGCCUGAUGAGUGCAGCUGGUUUCUCCUCUGGCUACCCUCCUUCACUUGGCCUGAGACCAGGCUCGUACCAGGGCAUGAAUCGCCCCUGGCUCUAAUGAUGGAAUCCCACCUCACAACACAGGCGUCCCACUUUGGCUUGAAAACAGCCCAUCACUUUAUCUCUUCAUAUCUUUGGGUUUAAGUUACAACCAAUGUUUUUGUGGUUUGAUUUGAUUUUGUUUCUGAUGAAUGUGGCAAAGCAUUUUCACAGUGCAGCAGCCAAGUGCAAUAGGUUAAGUUCUUUUCUGUUGUCUUAUAGAGAACUAUUUUUAUAUUUACUUAUAUCAGUAUUUAUAGACUAUUUUUUAUUUAUUUACAGUUUUGCAGGCAUUUUUUAAAGAUACAUGUACCCUGUCAAAGUUGUUUUGUUGUGAUUUAAACUUUAUACAAAUAGAAGAGAAUGUUCGCUGCCAGUGAAAAAUUGAUUUAAACAUAACUUCUUAUGUGCCACUUGCUAUGCAGGCAGCUUUUCUUAUCACAAAACAGGGGGCUUAUUGUACAAAAUUGUCAUUUUAAACACUGAAUGACGAGAUGAAUAUUGAGAUUUAAAAGCAGCUCUAAAAUCUGUAUUGGACUAUACCAAACUACCUGGUGGGAUGAUGUGGUAGACAACCAAAUUUUCGCUUAUGAAAAUCUUGAUCCAGGAGGCAAUGUUGUUGUCAGAUACUCAAUACAUUAUUAAUUUAGCCCUAUAAUGUACCUGAAAAGACCUGGAUAUGUGUUUUUAUGCCGACUUGCUUUGGUGUUGUGGACUAAAUUAUAAUGUGAUCAGUAUAUUGGAAAAGGUUCAGCGAAAGCCAGUGGAGGGCAUCCUUUGUUGGAUCUCAAUUGUCUACCCACUGGAGUGGCAGGUGUGGGGUGCAAGCCAACCAAGUACAAAACCUGCCUCAGGGUGAUUUCUCCCCCCCCCUGGUGGCCAACUAUUACUGUUAGCCUGAUGUUAUGGUGUUGCUAUGCAGACCUUGAAAAUAGGGAGCAUUUAGGAUGCUGUAUUUCAUUUUAAUCAAGAACAAUAUGUAAGAUGCAUAAUUAAGAUUAGUCUGCACUUUUGCUUACUUCUCAAGUAAUGAGAGUAUUAAUGUGUUUUGUACUUUGCAUAAUCCACAGGGAACUUGUGCUAGACUUUUUUUUAAGGAGUACAUGUGUACUUUCCAACUUUAAAUUUUUUUUUCUCUUUUCAAAACUAACUUUUAUAUUUUUAAAUAUUUCAUUUUUGGGAUUUUAGGAAAUUUGAUUGCAAACAUCAUUGGACAGUGUUUCAGUCCCUUUGUUCGGAUAGGUUAACGAAAAUCAAAUUUGUAGCAAGGUCAUUCUGGUCUGGUUGUCUCCAAGUACAGAUAUAACCAACACCCGCCAUCAUCUACUUGGUACAUCAUCAGUGCCAUCCAUCAUUCUGUAAAUUCUCAUACCCACUCUGUACAUUAGGUAUACCUCAUAAGCCAUUCAUCCCAUAGAAGACCAUCUCACCUACCAUACACAGCAGUUACACCAAUAUCCUUUUUUCCUGAAUUAAUCCAUUAUAACCCCUUGCCUCCUUAGGACUUAAGUAUUUAAAGUACUGUAUGAAGGUAAACCAAACUGAAACUCUUGACACUCAUAGGGAACUAAAACAUUUCACCUUAAAACAUCGGAUGCAACCAACGUGCCGACUCAAAAGGUUAGUUCAUCCUUCCGAACAGAAAUUGAUCUCUUAACACUCCAAAGGUAGCCUUGAUUGCCUCAACUCCCCUUUCACCUUCUGGAACAAAGAAGGUCGACAACAAAAAGCCGAUGUGGUUUGUAAUUUUUUAUUGAGAGUGAAUGUGUGUCUGUGUGUGUACAUGUAUGUAUGUAUGUAUGUAAGUAUGUAUGUAUGUAUGUAUGUAUGUCAGCAUGUUUUGUGUAUGGAAGGAAUUGUCUACCACAGUGUCAGAAUAUCAGUGUUUCAGUGUUAGUAUUGCGGCCUGUUAGUACCAUUGCCUGUGUACACCAGAUUGUUAGUACUGCAGAUUGUUGGUGCAAAUAUUGGCAGAAAACUUCUUCCUGACUUCAAUUCCUUUCUUUGUCAUGAAUGCAGUAUUGUUUACUGGACUAAUAGGUAAAUUUUAUACGAAGCAUACCAGCCACUUCGGUGUGGUAUAGUUUCUUUUGAAUAAACAAGGUUUUUUAAAGCAUUUUAAUCUCUAUUUGGUAGCCAUAUGUAUAACAGACAAAUGCAUCCUCAUUCACUCAGUCAAUCAUCACACUCACUUGUCAAGAAUGAGUAAGCAUUGAUUUUAUUUGUAUAAGUUACUUCUUUUAUUUGAUAUACACAUGUACCACAAACUUUCUAUCAACCUGUAUGUACCCCAGACUUGUGUACUAAAGUGUAUCCCACCGGGCGGAGUGUAUAGCUGCAGCAUGGGGUGUACAUAGCCUAUUUUUGAACUAUGUGUACAAAUUCGUGAAACUGUGUAUAUAAUAUGUAUAUAUAUGACAAAUAAGAAAUAAAUGCUGUUUAUAUA